CAGAGUUCAAAGAUUGAACAAAAAACAACCAAGAACAAUUCCAAUAAUUUCUUGUUGGAAAAGGGAUAUGUCACUUGAAAGGAUAAAAACAGAAAAUGAUUUGAACUAUGGAUAUGGAAAAGUCCUUCCAAGAAUAGAAGAAAAGCCUGAAGACAAUCCUAAGGUCUUUAUGAAUGAAUUUGCAUCAAUGGUACAAGAAGUUGGUGCAUCUUUGGCAAGACUUUCUACCAAAUUGGUUAAGGCAAAAGAGCUCUUCCCUGGGAAUCAGUUGGUCAAGAAGGUAGAUGAAGUGUUGGGAAAGAUGGCAAGAGAACCAUCAAUUCUCAGCCAAGAUGAAGAAAUAUUUGGAUCAGAGGAUUUUUUGAAUGCCAUAGCUCAAAUUGAGAAGGAACUAAUGGAGGCAAGUGAAGCAGAAAAAAAGAAAAUAGGAAAUGAGAAGGAAUAUGAUAUAAGGAAGGCAUUCAGUUUGGGUUGCAACUUAACUCCCCCAACUCCAACAACUGAAGCACAGAUUAAUGUUGCAGCCACAACUUCAACAACAACUGAUGCAAAUGUUUCUUCUAAGCCAGAAGAGGAAAGAGUUGGAGGUUCAAAUUCUGAAGAACCACAAGAUGGAGGAAAUUCAAAAAAAGGUAAAAAGUUCACUUAUAUAGUAUUAAAUGAACAUUUGUGAUUGUAAAAUAUUCUUCUUUAAUGAUACUAAGUCUAUAUAUGUGUGAAUGCAAAUUAAUACAAAAAGCAUUAAACAAAGGUGAAGGUUCAAAAUCUGAAGCAUUAGAAGAAAAUGUUGAAGGAAAUUCAAAGAGUGGUACAAUGUUCACAUAUUACAAAUAAAUGAUCAAAUUAUUAAGUAUA